GUGAAGACGACAACGUGAUGAAGAAGGCAGUGGUGCGAGUGUCAGUGUUCGCAAGCGUUCGGCCACAGUCGGGAUAGUUCGGCAGGUCGCGUGCCGCUGCUCACCAUUCCACCCAACCUGGCCCAGGCCGUCGCUUGCAGGUUACCUAUCAGAAUCGUCUCUGCCAUGAUUUGGUUGCUAUGGUUACCAGUAACGCUGGCGGCUCCCAGGGUCUUCCCACUGGUUGAUCCAGGAUUAUUCGUGAUAUCCGGUGUGAAGACGUGUGGCGGAGGUGGGGGAUAUUGUCUCCUGGGUCUUGACUGUACUCUGGACGAAGACUUCCUCCCAGACGACGAGGCAGGACACCACUGCGAGGGUCUCAGGUCAGCAUUUACUCCAAGCGCUCACUUCGUUUGCUGUCGAGCUACCAACCGGAGCCUCUACAAACCUCCCCUUGUGCUCCCUGCCGGACUAACAACAGCCUUCACCGAGGCCGUGACAGGCCGCACUACCGCCGCAGAUGUGCUGGAGAAUGAGAUAGACCAAGUGCUACUCAAGGUUGCGCAGAGCGUUGACGCCAUCAAGAAGACACCGGCGACGGAAGCGACUGCAGUGCAGGCCGAUGACCAGACCCCAGAAUUGAGGGAAUCAGCGGAAGAUUCGGUUGAAGACGGCCCACUGGAAGAUGAAGAUUCUCUUUUAGAUUCUAUAGAAGACGUGGCUCAACAAGAUAUGUCUAUUGAGGAAGAAGACCCACAGGAAUCGAUCCCCGGUGGAGAUGUAAAAAUAAAAGUUCCACUGCCGUCCGAUAAAUCUCCUGUCACUGAAAAUAAGCCAAUGGAUGGUAUUGACUCUCAAAAACCUGUUUUUGUUUUAGAUGAAUCUGAAAAUUAUGACUUGUCUGCGGAAAAGUCAACUGAGGACAACAUGAUAAGUACAGAGAGCCUAUCAGACGAGUCUGCAAGUGAAGAGAUUGAGUUAUUAAAAAAUGCGUCUAUUACACUACAGACAAACGAAAACUUGGACGAAACUAAAAUUAAAGAACCGAUAUAUGGAGAUAAACAAGAAACUACUGUAGGAGUGGGUUCCAUUUUAAACGAAAAUACCAAUAAAGGUAUCAAUAUUAACAAACCAACAAACUCUGCAAAUGCGGAGGAUUACUCAGAAAAUAAAUCAUCUAAUGAAAACCUUAUACAGAACGAUGAAGCAAAAGUAAGUGAGUCAAAUGGUGAAGGAAUAAAUACAAUGAUUGUUUCCGAAAAAGAAGAAUAUGUGACAAGACUGCCUGAUUUAUCCGCAGACAUAGCCUCUCUUAAAAAUGAGACAAACUUAGAUUCUGAAUGGGUUCACUCCAAAAUCAGUGUAACGCCAAAGUUACCUUUAGAAAAUGUUUCGAAUGAUCAAGCAGAUCCUAGUAUUGUCUCAUCUGGAUAUAAUAAUACUGUUAAUAAAACAGACAGCAAGAUAGAAAAAGUUGACAAUUUAAGUAGCAACGAAAAAAAAGAUAACUCAUUGCCCGAAAAUGUUUCUAAAACAAACUCGAUAACAGUUGAUGGAGAUCAGUCGGCACAUGCAGAGGAAGAUCAAUUUGUCACAAGUACAACCGUAUCUCCUGCCACCCACAUCCCGGACAAUGGUCGACCGAUGUCCACUGGGCAAGUCAUCCAAGGUCAUCCUGGAAUGGAUCAACCGUGUUCUAGAGGUGCUUCUAGAGGUGAAAACUGCAGCGAAGAAGUCAAGUUUAUCUUCCAGAACAAGACAAUUUGCUUUGGAUCCGUUUAUGCACUCGACUGGGUCGUAACAUCAGCUUCUUGCGCUUUAAGAGUGUUCCGAGCUGGGAUGUUGAACGUGAGCGUUAUCCCACUGAGCGGUCCAGGGAGCGUACAAGUGAAGACGAUCAUAGUUCACGAGAGCUACGGGGAGAACGCAGGCUCUUCUGGCCAAGAAAUGGAAGCCAAUAAUAUUGGCUUGGUCCAGCUGAAGUCUCCCGUUGUCCAGUGGGCGGAAUGUGUACCGUGCCUGCCACUUCCUGGACACCGGUUCUCCACCUCCAACUGUACAGCCGUCACCUCCCGCCUCUUAGCAUCUGUCCCUUGCUCGACCCAUGGAGUGUGCAAGUUAGGCCGGGACGCUGCAAGCAGCAGUACACAGAUGCCGGUCUGCGCAGGCUCUGCCAGGAUGAUGACUGACGACCGUGGGUUUCCCUACAUCAUCCUCCCCUGUGAUAUGGUCUGGGAGCCGAGGUUUGCUGAGUCGAGCCCCCGUGGGUCAGGUGCUCCCUUGUUCUGUGAGGGAGUGUUGGCAGGCCUGGAGACUUCUGCAGGGGUUGGUAUGACUGUGUACACCCCUCUGUCACCCUACCUCGGCUGGCUACUCCGCAACACCCGGCCCGGACUGCCGGACCAACACUUCAACGUCGGCUGACCUCUCCGCUCAACUCCCUGAUUCCUAUUAGACCUAAAUAAGUGUUGUGUAUACUGUUGUAUGUAAUUUAUUGUUAUUUGUUAUAAUUAUUGUUAUGUAUUUGCAUGUUUGUAUUAUUUAUUAAACUAUCGUUGUUUCACCUACUUACAAGUCACCCACCGAA